GGAGGGCCCGUGGUGAUCCUGAUUGGUGAACUACGCGAACGCCAAAAACCGUCAACGGCGAGAAAAAGCAGACCCUGAGGCCUCAGCCUAAUCAGUGUUCCAAACCAAACGCAACCAGGUCCGGAGAGACAAGAGAAACAUGGGCGGUCGCGGCGCUUUGGAGGUGGCCAAGACGGUAAUGGAGGUCGCCGAUGUGGCUUGGACCGCCGUGGAAUGCCACCACCACCACCAACAACAACACGAUCAGGAGGACCACGACUCCCCCAAUUUCACGUCCCCCGAUGAGGAAUUAGAGUCCUUACGAUUGGAGAAUCAGCGUCUCCGGAACUUGCUCCAGAACAACCUCAAGCUUCUCCACAAUCUCUCCGAGUCCCCUGCUUUUUUGAAAGAUUGCCCUCCUGAUUUGUGUGCUCGUCUAGUUGCCACUGUCGAUUCCAAGAACUUUUUGCCCCGAAUCAAAUCUCUCCAGCAGGCAUCGGUAGAUGGAACUGGCAAUCAAUUUCCUUUCAAGGAAGCUGAAGUAGCUGAUUUGCGGACGGCUGAACUUCUAAUCAAUGUUAACCAAGAAGAACCAAGUUGGUGGGUAUGGGUGACUGAAGAAAUGGUUCCUAGCAAUGUUGAGGAGUGGAGUGGAAUUGAUGAUGAUAGUUAUGUGGUUGUUAGCGAGGAGCAUGUCGUGGAUGGUAUUGCAAACUUCAUGGCUAAGUGCAUUGUGUCAAACCCUAAAGCUCAGAAAUUGACCCCUGAGGAGAUGCAAAAGACUAUGGUGAAAGCCUUGGAUGGUGUGAGUAAAUUGGAGAAGACGUUAGAUUUAUGGCAUGCUGGGAUGAUGUUUUAUACUCUGUCCACUUGGGGACUUGCUCUGGUUGGGUUGUAUAAGAGCCGUGCUGCAUUGAAACUUGCUGCAAGGGGUGUUCACAAAACUAGCAAAGUGGUUUUGAGGGCACUAUAAAGAUUGAUGUUCCUUUCUACUGUCAACGAUUUGAAUUGCUAUGGAACUACAUUUAAUGUGCUUUUCCAAAGCCCAAAAACUCUAUCGCCGGCUCAUAAUUCAUGUAAAUGAUUGUAAUUUGUAAAUAGCGCUUGCAUUUGUAUUUACAGUACGUUUAUCAAUAAAUUGUUUGAUUGAUUUCA